AGCCAUUUUGGCUCAAGCCGCUCCGCUGCUUCAGCCGUGCACGGCGCGGAACCGCGCAGAGCGUAGGUGCAAUGACGACCCGGUAUAAGAAGAAUCGGCACCUGCGCGGCGCGAUUUCCGCAGGCCGCGGGCGCAUCGGCAAGCACCGCAAGCACCCAGGCGGUUGCGGAAACGCUGGCGGGCAGCACCACCACAGGAUCAAUUUCGACAAGUACCACCCGGGCUACUUCGGGAAGGUGGGCAUGCGGAACUUCCACCUCAUCAAGCACGGGAAGGUCUGCCCCCUGAUCAAUGUCGACAAGCUCUGGUCGCUGGUCCCCGAGGGGACGCGGGAACAGUUCGCGGCGAAGAAGGACAAGGCCCCCGUCAUCGACGUGAUGAAGGCGGGCUACAUGAAGGUCUGCGGCAAGGGGCAGCUUCCCGAGCAGCCGUUGAUCGUGAAGGCGCGGUAUUUCACCAAGGAGGCCGAGACGAAGAUCAAGGAGGCAGGCGGUGUGUGCGUCCUGUGUGCCUGAGUGUUCCAGCCAGCCGCCUCGAGAGCCGACCGGAGCAUGGCCAGGCCUCCCGAACAAGCUCCCUCCUCGCAACCCAGCGCAGGUAUUUCCUUUCCCUUGGCGUCACGGCGGGCGCGUGCUAGAAGGGUGAGGAGGGUGUUCCAUGGGCCUCUCGCAGGUUUCUUGGCCAGGAUCUGGGAGGGCGGGAGUGGUGAGUGCGUCCUCCAGGUGGCCCCUCUGGGGAGCUGGGGGACCCGGAAGGAGUGAGGCCCCAGAGGCUCUUCCAC